GGACAGUCCUGAGUCUUUGCUUGGAGACCCCUGCUAGUCACAACACUCAGGACUUUCAGAGGCUUUCCAGUGUCCUGGGGCAGCGAGUGAGAGGUGUGAAUGACAGGCUGACAGACAGAGGGGCGAUGAGAGCAGCUGAGAGUGAGACAGCGCACAGGGAAGGCCAGUAGAUGAAGUUUGGAGGCAGAAUAGAGAGAAAGUGACAAAGAAGAUAAGAGACAGAGAAGGUGAGGAGGACACAGAGACACAACAUUUUCUCUCCUUCAGAGCAUGGUGGCAGAGAGCACAUGGAUUUAGUGGACCUGUACCUCCCGGAGUGCUUCACUUAUCACUCUGAUACUGAACUUCUGGGCAGGAUGUCGGUGAGGGGCCUAGACCCCACCUGUCCCACUUCCAUCAAGCGUGAGCCGUCCAGUCCCAGCUCUCAAGGCGACGUGAGCCCGGCUCAGCCCAGUCCUGCCAGCUCUUCUUCAGACACUAACUCCAGCUUUGGGCCUCUGAACAAGGGUCACAGCAAUGGGCUGGACUCCCCAGGGCUCUACGGGAACACGCCGGCGCUAACCAGCAACACUGUAGCAAACAGGCGGUUCCAAGAAGAAGAGGGACCGGUAAAGUGUGAGUUCAUCCUCGGAUCGGUGGCGAAGCGGCUGUGCCUGGUGUGCGGCGACGUUGCCUCGGGGUACCACUAUGGCGUGGCCUCCUGUGAAGCCUGCAAGGCUUUCUUCAAGAGAACCAUCCAGGGUAACAUUGAAUACAGCUGCCCUGCGUCCAAUGAAUGUGAAAUCACCAAGCGGAGGAGGAAGUCCUGCCAAGCAUGUCGAUUUGUGAAAUGUCUGGCUGUGGGCAUGCUGAGAGAAGGUGUUCGCCUGGACCGGGUUCGAGGCGGCCGGCAGAAGUACAAGAGGAGAAUAGACGCGGAGAAUAGCCCCUUCCUGCAGGCCCACAACGCUUUACCCCAGAAGAAAACCUACUCUUCUGCCGUCACUGCAGUGGAGAACAAGGUGGUCUCCCUUCUCCUGGUCGCUGAACCAGAAGGGAUCUUUGCCAUGCCGGAUCCCACCGUCCCAGAGAGCGACAUCAAGGCUCUGACCACUCUGUGCGACCUGGCCGACAGAGAGCUGGUGGUCAACAUCGGCUGGGCCAAACACAUCCCAGGCUUCGCCUCUCUGUCGCUGGCGGACCAGAUGAGUCUCCUGCAGAGCGGCUGGAUGGAGAUCCUGAUCCUCCGCGUGGUCUUUCGCUCCCUGGCCUUGGAGGACAAGCUCGUGUACGCGGAGGACUACAUCAUGGACGAGGAUCAGUCCAAGCUGGCGGGCCUGCUGGACCUCAACAACGCCAUCCUGCAGCUGGUGAAGAAGUACCGGGCCAUGGGGCUGGAGAAGGACGAGUUUGUGGUGCUGAAAGCCAUUGCCCUCGCUAACUCAGACUCCAUUCACAUCGAGGACACCGACGCGGUCCAGAGACUGCAGGACGUCCUUCACGCGGCCUUACAGGACUACGAGUCCUCCCACCACCCGGAGGACCCCAGACGAGCCGGCAAACUGAUCAUGACUCUCCCCCUGCUGCGUCAGACGGCGGCUCGCGCCGUGCAGCACUUCUGCAGCAUCAAGCAGGACGGCCGCGUGCCCAUGCACAAACUCUUCCUGGAGCUGCUGGAGGCCAAAGCCUGACGAGGGAGCGACGCCUCCGCUGUCCCGAGCUGGAUCAGAAGAAUAAGAGCUGAGAAUAACAACGACUGGUGCCCUCCAGUGGAUGUGAUGAAAUAUUAUGCAGUCAAAUUUUCAAUUUGUCGGACUGAGAGCGGCGGAUUCUCGCAGCGCCAUGCCAAACACGCUUCACCACCUGAUACUUGAAGAUCCUUCUGGAUUAUUGCAUCCAUCUUGAAGCCUGUUAAUAUGCAUUCUAGUGCAUUUUAGAGCCUUUUGUGGUUUCACUUUUCUUUUUUAUAUAGAGACUGAAGUCUUGCCAAAGAGUAAAGACUCAUCAUUUCAAUACCAGCAAAACGCCAUGACGAUGUAAAGUGGCAUAAACAUGCUUCCCUGCUCUGUUGUGUAUCACCUAAAUAUCUAUGGAAUAAUCUAAUAUAUAACUGACUCUGUGUUUCAUAGGAACUUGCCACGUGACUCUUUAUUUUAGUAGAAAAUUAUCAGGGAGGAUCUGGAGAAACAUCAUAUCCGAAACAGUCUUUUUAUGAGAUUCGUGGCAUUAAAUGGUGAUAGAACAUAUCAUUGUAGAUAUUUUUACGGGCUUCUCUGCUGCAAAACUGUUCUAAAAUCAGAAGAAAACUUCACCUUGUGGCUGUACUGUAGACGCCGACUUAGGAAGCUCCGCCUCCUAUCGUAGAAAUCUGUGUGUAUAGAGUUCAAUUCGUGCACUACUUUUCCUUUUAGCCAUAAAGAUUUGGGACGUUGGGUCUGGCCAUUUGCUUCUAUGUCCGUGUGUUUCGUGUGAAGGUUAUUCAAAUAUAGUUACCUCUCGACUUUAUUGUAUAUGCACAUGUUAAGUAAGUGAAGGGAAGGACACUAAUAAUAACGCUCCUUAUUUUUCAGAAACAAAGGUAUUAGAUGCAGUACAAUGUGCAGCAAUAGGAUGACUUCGAUGUACGUGCUGUGCCGUGUGUAUAAACACUUUGUGGACAGAGAUAUUUAAAGAUUUGCAGAUUUGUUUGGGAGAGCUGUGCCGUGCAGUUUGGAUUCUCAGGUGGAUUCUUGGGCAAUAAAAGACCAUCCCCUUAAA